CGACAGUCACGGGAAGCAUCGACGGCAUCUCACGUGAUGCAUUUGCUUGCAUGUGUUUGGGGCCAGCGUUUGCUGGGGUCCAGGCGUUGGCGGGUCACCAUUAUUAUCCAUCAUCAGCAGCGACGCCGCUGCUCGGAGGCGCAGAGUGGGGAGUGCGGCGUGGAGUGGGGAGUGCGGCGUGGAGUGGGGAGUGCGGCGUGGAGUGGGGAGUGCGGCGCGAAGAAGGCAUGGGUAGAGACGUAUAUUGUUUUACGCAUGUUGUUUGACGGACAUUGCUCGACGGACAUUGCUCGACGGACAUUGCUCGACGGACAUUGUUUGUUGACGGAGAGGCAAAAGUCGUGUGAAGCCCAACACAAUCCCAUCAUUCAGCACCACAAGCCAGGAGCGUAGCAACAAGCACCUCCCCGCCCUCUACACCCUUGCUCGUCUCCCUCUCCACUCCCAGACAGCCGCACUCCCAGACAGCCGCACACCC